CUUCCCAGUGUCCCCAAACUUAGCAAGCAUGUCUGUAGUAGAUAUGUCUGCAGAAAAAAUGACAAAACUAGAAGAGAAUUUGCAAAGAGCUGUGGCACUUAAGAAGACUGUCGACAGGUGGCGGAAUUUUCAUAUUCACUGUAUGUGGCAGACAACAUUGGACCAACGGAGAAACCUAUUUGCUGCCCUAAGGAUGAAGGAUACUAAGGAACAGGAAUUAGCACUGUCUAACAAACAGCUACUAGUGGUCCGUCAAGCUGCCUUACACGAGCUGUUUGAAAAGGAGUAUCAGCAGUACCAGCAGGAACUCAAUCAGAUGGGCAAAGCUUUUUAUGAGGAAAGACUCUGACAGCUGCCAAGACACUGUUCUUCCACCUCGUCACGCCUGCUAAGCAAGCCUUCAUGCUUUACCCUGAGCUUCCCAAAACACACCUGGACCUGGAACUUAAAUCUUUUUCACUAUUUUGUCAACCUAAAUGUUGCCUCUGGACACAAGAGUGACACCUUGUGGUCAGUGUGGGAUAUGCACUGUGGCGGGAAGAGAGAUUAUGUACAUUGUCUGGUUUUAAAAAUCUGAUUUGGUUUAACAAAUAAAGCUAGCUCUUAAAGGUUCAGAUUUGGGCUGGCAGGAUGGCUCAGCAGGUAAGAGCACUGACUGCUUUUCCAAAGGUCCUGAGUUCAAAUCCCAGCAACCACAUGGUAGCUCACAACCACCCAUAAUGAAAUCUGAUGCCCUCUUCUAGUGUCUGAAGUCAGCUACAGUGUACUUACAUAUAAUAAUAAAUAAAUCUUUUUUUUAAAAAGUUCAGAUUUAGGCCACAGGGCUUAUUCUCAGCCUUGAGUCUUGAUUUGUUCUUGGCUGCCAUAAUUUUACUUCCUAGAUUGUGGGCACUGCCUCAGACUUCAGUUUCACUGAUCUUUCCUAAAUUCGUGGACAAAAACCAUGUUUAAUGUCUAUUAAUCUGUAGGCACUGUGGUGCUUGAGUGUCAGGAGGCCCCAGUUGUAUGUUUAGAAGUCACCUCAUUGUGAAACCAUGGAUUAGCCUGAAUUCCCACUCCUACUUUACAAAACUGAAGCCUCCAAACUCUAAUCCCUCUAGGCAUUUGGCUUGCAGUGGAGCAAGUGUCAAGUAUCAAGCAGUAGGUUUGAGGAGCUGGAAAGAUCAUGUCUAUUCUCAAGGUGUUUGACACUGAAAAUCCUGGAAAGUAUACACCUGUAGGUCACAAAGAUGCAAAUGAGUAGCCUUGGCUGUCCUGAAACUCACUCUGUAGACCAGGCUGACCUCGAACUCAGAAAUCUGCCUAACUCUGCCUCCCAAGUGCUGGGAUUAAAGGCGUGCGCCACCACCCGGCAAUGGCUAAUAUUUUAAAUUUGGCUUCCAUCGAUAGUGCUGCUGUUCAGGCAUGUGUGCCAAGGGAUCUUUUCCUACCCUCAGUUUUGUGUGGCUGUCUCCACUGCAAAGUUCACAUUCUCGUCCUUUUUCCUUCCAGCCUGUCUCUAGCCUGCAUCCCUUACUAAAGCCUGUAAUUUUCAUUAGCUGUCGGGAGCUACUACUUCUUGUCCCUCCAUAUCCCACCCAUGGAAAGCACAAGCUUUAGGGUCAGGUAUAAGUUCACAGUAUCAGAACAUCGUUCCUCUUCUGGAAAUGACAGACUCUCCUAGGAUUUUCCUCGGGAUUAAAUAGGUAGAGAGCACAAGCCCAGUGAUUGACCUAAAAUACCCUCAUUAUAUUUCUCUGUAACCCAGGGCCCUUUUCUGUGGUCCUGCAGUUAACGCACAUCCAGUUAAAUGUCAUCUUUCUUCUUUUGAUCACAUUCCUUCCUCUUUGCCUUCAAUGCCACUGCUUCCUAAUCCCUUGUCAUUCGUAGCUGGUCAUGGAUACUUUCAUUAAAUGAGUUGGAGCUACAGGCUGGUGGGGAAAGCAGGCUUUGAACAGGAGUUACAAGUGUAGCAUGUGUUUUGUAGAUGAAGCCACAAAAUGCCACCUGGAUUUUGAUUGACAAGACUGACUGAAUCCUUCUGUCUGUCCCUGCCCUGUGUUAGUCUGGUCUGUACCCUCUUAGCCUCUUUAAUCUUCCUUCUGUCUCCUGGACCACCUGCUGAUUACCAGAUAGUAUGGCCUAGAGUUAAUAGAAUGGACAGAUCUGGUUUUCAGGGUUGGCCUUUUCGCUUAGUUUGGUCUAGUCCAAUUUUUAAUCUGAGAAGCGGGUAACUGGGGAAACGGCUCAGUGAUUGGGAGCACUAGCUACUCUUGCAAAGAACCCAGAUUCAAUUCCUAACAUCUAUAUGGUUACUCAACAGUUCCAGAGUAUCCCUUUCCCGGCCUUGGCAGGGACCAGGCAAACGCAUGGUACACAGACAUGCAGAUAAAACACCCAUGCAUAUAAAACAUUUUUAAAUAAUUUUAAGUCUGAGUUUUGGUUGCUAAUUUAUGAAAUGAAAACAAUUCCAACCUUACUGGGUUACUGUGGGAAUUAAAUAAGACACCUAGAAGAAAUCACACAUAAUAAGUAAUACAAACAGGAAGCCAUAAUGCUGUCUUCCUACUCCAUGGUACUUUCUUCCCUAAUUUCUACUCCCACUACACUUUAUAACCAACCUCUUCAGUUCUCUCUUCCUUUGUUCAUUUAGACUCACUGGAUGCCCCAUCCUGUCUGCCUGGAUCUCUGACCUUGGCCUGUUGCCUCAGGGCUCAUCAGUGCCAGGCCGACUCCUUUAUUGGCAGGUUGGCUCACUACAGCGCUCAUCUUCCCUGACCCUCCCUGCCAAUACUGUGUGCACUCAUCACAUCGCUCAAUUGUACCCCACCAGUCCAUGCUGCUGCUGGAGCUGAUGUCACACCCUGGCCUUGUGACUUGGGACUUAAACCUAUUUGAAAUAGCUGCCUAAAAACCACUGGCAGAGCUCUGUGAGAUGGUGCAGUGGAUAAAGACACUUCCUACUAGGCCCGAUGACCUGAGUUAAUCAACCCUCAUAAAGGAGAGAACAGAUUCCUGGAAAUUGUCCUCUGACCUUCACAUGGGCACCAUGACACAACCACACAAAAUAUGAAAGUGUAAUAAAAAUAAAAGGAAAGAUAAAGUA